UCCUCUGCAGUAUGUCACCUGUUGUAAGUCUUAUUUUCUAGCUGAUUCUCAGUUUGAGGAACUGGAUUUGUUCCAUAGCGCUUAAUCCCUUCAGGUUUAUUGUCUUCAUAUCUUAAAGGUCGCCUCUAUCAGCAUUUUACAGCCUGUUUUACGUGCCCUUGUGUCCACUUUCUCCCCUCACAUCCUGAUUUGUUCCGUAGUAUUGGUCAAGCUUCGUAAAUAUUUAGCAUUUACCUUAAUGCACCUCUACAGCAGACCUUCUGGUCAGUGCACUGUACUGUCUAAAGAACUGUGAGUUCCUUAUCUGUUAGCUUUUUGUCAAGGUGGUUUUAACAAGGCUUGGACUUGGACAUUGUGGUCCUGCCAGCUACAUAAAAGUCACAGGAUUCUGUCAAGCAAGCAAUUUAGAAACAGUUCAGCACAUCAUCGUUUCCUGUUGUAAAUAUAGAAGAUGGGGGGAAAAGCUAUUGAGAGAGUUAACAGAGAGUUGUUAGUUUCUUUUCUUACCAAACUAAAGUCCUAUUUGUACAGAAGCAUUUUGCUGCCAUGCCAGAAAAGGAAACUGGAUUAGUUUCACAUUAUAACUUCACAUUAUGACAAGACAUGCUAUUUAUGCUGUGUCUAAUGUGAAGUGUUCGACUCCAACUCUAAGAGUCUGACUCAUUCUUGCAGCAUGCAUUUUAAAAUUCGUCUUUGUGUAUACAUGUUCAGCAGCAGCAGAAUUACUCUACGUCUCAACCCAUCAUGAUGUAACUUACUUAAACUGUGUACAUGAGCCAUAUUCUUCAAUUGAAGUAACAGUAACACAUUAAGUAACAUAUAUACUACAUAUAAUCCAUCUAUGUGUUAUGACGCUACAGUAUGAAACAUAGUUUGGUUUACCGCUUCUUUCCUCUUUCAUUCUGAUAUACAGCGAGUCUCUAUAUCUGUUCUCUCUUCUUGUGUAUCCACGUCUCAGUAUCUUUGUCACAAUUUGUCUGUUGCUGUUUUUCUCAAAUGCCCAGUCCAUGACAUUACAAUAUGAAACAUUUCACAUUAUUACAAGAUAUUGGUAGAACAAGAAAAGCUUCUUAAGACAUGGUUUGUAUGUUGUAAUAAUGCAAAAAUAUCUUGUUAAAACAUGAAAAACAUGUUGUCAGAAACUUUUCAUGGUGUAACAUCCUACAGAUCUGUUAUUAUUUUUCUGGUGUGGCAGCUUUCCUUUCUAAAUGUGUAAGAUUUCUAUGUGCUAAAGCUGCUGAAAAUGUAAAAAAUGUGCUUCUAAAUAUGAAGAAGUAAUUGUGUCAGGAAUGCGACAGUGUGGUUUAAUCAGUUUUGAUAGGAGGUGCUUACAUGAGUGGUUAUCAGGCUGAUUCUUAUGUUUAAAAUAUCACAUUUACAUACGCGUGUCCCCAUUCACAUGAUAUGUAUCCCAUUAGUGGUGACAGCAUGGCAUUAGUGAGGACACCUGUGAUGCUGACGAACACAAACCACCUUUCUCUCAUGACUUCCAGGUGUCUGCUUUAAUGCAACACAUUUCACUGUGUAGUUAAACACCCACAAGAGUACAGUUCGUGUAUUUUAUCAUUUUACUUUUGUGUACAGCGUCUUUGUUUCUACUUCUUGCAUGUUGAGUAGCAGUAAGAUAUGAUCACUCUCCUAAGCUGCUGCUGCUGUUGAAAGCAGCUCAGUCAGUCUGGUUAGUGAAGGAUUUCUGAGAACUUUGGGAGAUCUUUACACUCCGGGAAUAUUUUUUUGGCUCCAAGGUUGAAUGUCCACCAUAUGUGCUCCUCCUGAUAAGGUCAUGAUAAGACUUUUGUGUCCUACACUCAUAGGUUUAGGCCUUUUAUCUACAAUUUGUGCAUCAAACAGUAUGGCCUGUUAUUAUACUGAUAAAAGAAGCUACACCUGAGGUACUCUGACAGGUCACACUGGGCAGUAUACUAGUCUGUUUGUAAGAAAUUGACUCUCGUAAACACGGUGAUUAUCAGUUUAAACAUUAACUUGGAGGUCUAUCGUCAAGUGGACUGCUGCUGACUGAGCCUCGUUUUAAACCAUCUUUGUGUGUUCCUGCGUUACACUCAGAGGACAUUCACAUUCAGCUAUGAGCAACUUUGCGCAGAUCCUGAAGGAGAUCGGGGAGUUUGGUUUAUAUCAGAAACGCCUGGUGGCUGCGUUAUGCAUCCCCAGUGUGUUUGUAGCUUUUGACGUUAUUGGGCAGGUGUUUACAGGCAUGACCUUCCCACAUCACUGCAACACUGACUGGAUCUUGGAGCGUGGACCCAACCUGACAGAGGAGAGGCAAAAGAGUCUAACCAUCCCUGUGAAUGAGGAUGGAAGCUAUAAAAGCUGUGAAAUGUUCACACCUGUGGAUUGGGAUUUGGAAGACAUUGAAAAGUAUGGGAUUAACAGUACAACAGGAUGCAUAAAUGGAACAGAUUUUGAGAUACCUGAAGGUGCCUCCAGCAUUCUGACUCAGUUUAACCUGGUGUGUGACAGGAGUAGUUUUAUCGAGGCCUCACAGUCCAUCUACAUGGCUGGUCUUCUGGUCGGAGCAUUGCUGAUGGGGCAGUUGGCUGACAGGUUUGGUCGACGCUUUGUGGUCCUGCUUUCACUCCUCCUGCUGCUGUUGUUUGGUGUGGGUGCUGGUUUCUCACCCAACAUCUAUGUUUAUAUAGUUCUUAAAUUUUUAGGUGGCAUCUCUAUUUCAGGCAUUAUUGCUAAUGCAUUUGUGAUAGGUGGAGAAUGGAGUGAUUCUUCCAAGUUUGCUCUCUGCACCAUUGUCUGCCACUCUUUUUUCCCUCUUGGACUGAUGGUGUUGUCUGGCCUCGCCUAUUUGAUCCGCAACUGGAGGAUCCUGCAGCUGGUGCUCUUCAGCCCUCUCAUCCUCGUCGUGGGAAUCUACUACAUAGUUCUUCCAGAAUCGGCUCGCUGGCUCAUUACUCAGGGCAGGAAGAAGGAGGCCAUAAAGGCGAUCAGGAAAGCAGCCCAAGUGAACAAGAGAGACGUCCCAGAAGAUCUUCUAGAAAAACUGGAGUUUGAGGAUACAUCCAAAAGAGGAAGCAUGCUGGACAUCUUCAGGAUCUCUUAUCUGCGAAAGCGUGCUAUCAUAAUGAGCUACCUGUGGUUUGGAACUAGUCUGGUGUACUAUGGACUGAGCCUGAAUGUUGGCAAAUUUGGUGUGGAUAUUUACCUCACGCAGUUCAUCUUUGGCGUGGUAGAACUACCUGCACGUCUGGGCACUUUGCCUCUUCUCCAGCGCUUUGGGAGGAGAAUCUGUCAAGCAGGAGUGCUGCUUUUUGCAGGGGUUGCUUGCCUCGGAAUCCUUUUUAUACCAACAGACCUUCCUGUAGUGGUAACAGUCGUAGCCGUGCUGGGAAAAUUUGCUGCUACUGCCAGUUUUUCCACAGUUUAUGUUUAUACUGCAGAAUUAUAUCCAACCACUCUAAGGCAGAAUGGUGUAGGACUGAACUCCACGUUUGCUCGUGUUGCCGGCAUCCUCGCUCCACUGAUCAGACUCCUGGAUGUCUAUCAUCACAUCAUCCCCAUGCUGAUAUAUGGCAUUGUUCCUAUUAUUGCUGGGGGGGUUUGUUUCCUCCUGCCUGAAACCCUCAAUGCUGAACUUCAGGACCAUGUUGAGCCUACCAUCGCUAUGAGCAACUUUGGAGACAUCCUGAAGGAAAUCGGGGAGUUUGGGUUGUUUCAGAAAUGCUUACUCUUUGCAUCAUGCAUCUCCAAUGUGUUUGUGGGGUUUGAUGUUUUUGCUCAGGUGCUGAUGGGAAGAAGCUUCCCACAUCACUGCAACACUGACUGGAUCUUGGAGCGUGGACCCAACCUGACAGAGGAGAGACAAAAGAAUCUCACCAUCCCAGUGAACGAGGAUGGAAGCUUUAAAAGCUGUGAAAUGUUCACACCUGUGGAUUGGAAACUGGAAAGCAUUGAAAAGUAUGGGAUUAACACCACAACAAAAUGCAUGGAUGGAUGGGACUAUGAGGCUGGGCCAGGUGUUUCCACCCUUGUGACAGAGUUUGAUGUGGUUUGUGACAAGAGUGAUUUGAUUGAGGCAUCACAGUCCAUCUCCAUGGCAGGAAUGAUGGUUGGAGCUUUGGUGUUUGGGGUGAUUGCUGACAGGUUUGGCAGACGAUUUCCAAUCUUGCUUGCAUCUUUCCUCAUGCUGUUGUCUGGUGUGAGCAUUGCUUUCUCACCAAACAUUUAUAUUUACAUGGUUGUCAAAUUUUUAUGUGGGACUUCAAGUGCUGUCGUUAUGAACUUUUGUGUGAUGGCUGUGGAAUGGACCAAUCCUUCAAACUCUGCUUUUUGCACAGUGGCAAUUGUAGCCUUCUUCGGUGUUGGACAGAUGUUAUUGUCUGGUAUUGCCUAUUUGAUCCACAACUGGAGAAUCCUGCAGCUGGUGCUCUUCAGCCCUCUUGUCAUUCUCCUGAUAUUACAUUUCUGGUUUCUACCAGAAUCAGCUCGGUGGCUCUUGACACACGGCAAGAAGAAGAAAGCACAAAAGGAGCUCCAGCGAGCAGCCAGGAUCAAUAGGAUGAAACUACCAGAAGACCUGCUGGACCAGAUAAAUAUGGAGCGUACAUCUGAAAGAAGAAACAUGUUUGACAUCUUCAAAAUACCGUAUCUGAGAAAAUAUACUCUAAUAAUGGGCUUCAUCUGGUUUGCAGCAAGUCUUCUGUUCUAUGGACUGAGCCUGAAUGUUGGCAGUUUUGGCUUGAAUAUCUACCUCACAGAGUUUGUCUUUGCUCUUGUUGAAAUUCCUGGCCAUUUUUGUGGUUUGUUUCUUAUUCAACACUUUGGAAGGAGAAUAUGUGAAGCAUGUUUCCUGAUCUUUGGGGGUACUGCUUGCCUUGUGAUACUUCCUGUCCCAAAAGAUCUUCCUGUGGUGGUAACAGUCAUUGCUCUGGUGGGGAAAUUUGCUGCCACUGCUUCUUUCAGCACAGCCUACGUUUAUGCAGCAGAAUUAUACCCGACUGUUUUAAGGCAGAAUGGUGUAGGUCUGAACUCCAUGUGUGCUCGUGUUGCCGGCAUCCUCGCUCCACUGAUCAGGCUGCUGGAGGUUUAUCAUUACACCAUUCCCAUGCUGAUAUAUGGCAUCAUCCCCAUUGCUGCUGGUAGUUUCUGUUUGCUGCUGCCUGAAACCCUCAAUGUUCAACUUCAGGACCACACUGAGCUCAAGACAACAGUGAAUGAACCAAUGAGGGAAGGACUCCCUGUUGAAGAAGUUAUUCACGAGCAACAACUGUAAUUUGUACUGAAAUCAUGAUAAGAUUAUUCCACCUUAAAUCAUCAGGGGCCUUCUGCUUGACUUUUUCUGAUUUGUGUGACACUUUUUGCAUCAUAAACUGUGCAUGUUUAAAAUGUAAAAUUGUCCAUUGAUAUAUAGAGUGCUUUCCAUUUAAAUUGCCUGUUGAUCCACUUUCAGCAUGUUUUUUUGCACUGAAAUCUGAGACUGUUUGAACAACAAUAUGUCAGGAGCUGCUAAAGAUAAAAGCUUGAAAUUUUCACUGUUGUUUUUAAUUGUGCUUUUGAUUCAGAAUCUACAAUAUUGGACAAGUAGAUGAGAAGUCAUCAUGAAUGAAAAGUCCCAUGAUUGAGCACACAAGCAAAAAGUUGAUAAUGCAAAAGUCAACUACUUUUUUAGUGUUUCAACUGACCCAUAAUCAGAGAUUAUUUGAUCUACUUGUCCAGGGUCACAGAUUCCAGGAUUAAGGUCGAUCAACAGGCAAUUUGGAACAUAUUUCAUAUAUAUAGAGCAUUUCACACAUCCUUUUAGAAACAUCCACAUUUUUUGAUGAGCGCAAAUUGUUCUAAAAGUCUGAUGAGUUCAGAUGUUGAGUUUUUUUUAUUUAUUUAUCAUUAGACAUGAAAUUUGUGAACAAAAACUGUCAAAAACAUUCUGUAAUAAGUAGUUGAUCAGUAAUUAUUUGUGAGAAAAGCAUUUUUAAAAUAGAUUAUACAUUAUUACAUUAGGAUUUCUUCAAUGGUAAUGCAAUGUUACUUUGCUUAAUUCACUGAAAAAAUAAACUUUGAACACUAAUUGUGCCAUUUGUAGAAACUCAAUGUUGUAAGCAAGUAGAAACUUGUGAUGGUCUACCAGACUUAAUAGUCUCUCUACUUUCUGUCUGCCAGACUAUUAAUGCCACUAGUUUGUCUUUGAAUCUAAUCGAUUCACAUCAACACGUUUAUGUCCCAGCAAGUGCUAAAAGUUUUAUCUUUGACCCAGGAUUUUCUUUUUUGGCUGACUGUGCAACUUUGUGAUAACAACGUCAGUGUGGCCACAUGAUCAUAACUUAUUAUAAAGGAUAAGGCCGUCCUCCUCUUACCUGUCUGGUCUAAACCCCUCCCAUGUUAUUAGAUUUGCAGUAGAUGAAGGGAAUGGAUUCCCUUCUCCAGACCCUUUCUGAUGAUAUUCCCAUUUUCUAUAAUACUCUGCAGCUGACUCAAAACAAGUUAAUUUACAGGGGAAAAGAAAUUAUUAUAUUAUUAAAGUGUGAGGAGAAAACAAAAAAAAAAAUAAAAUAAAAGUUUUUCAUACAUUUGUCAUUUCAUGACAGUCUUGAGUUUCCAAUUCCUAAUUUUCUAUGAUGGAAUCAUGAAACACAUGCAUGUUUGUCACAGAAAAACAAUCAUGCAUUUUGGUUAUUUUAUAGCUUUAUUAUAAAUCUACUGGAUCAAACUUAUACAUGCAUAGUUGUGUUAAUGAAAUUUUCUUUUGUGGCAUGGCCUCUUCCCUUCUUUUGAGUGAUUACGUUUGACUGCAGCAAAAACUG